AUGAAUGUAACAUUAAACGGUAGUCAGUUUGGUGAUGAGAAUAUUAUGGCUAAUGAUUUACCAUUUAAAUCUACAUUGAUUUGUGUAAAUUCAAAAGGAGAAACUAUUGAUUUACUUCAACCAUAUGGUGUUCGAACUCAAAUGGGUCGUUAUGUUGCACUGGUGAUGGAUAAUAUAUUUAUGAAAGAAGAAAUAACAACAAUUACGUUAGAGUAG